AUGGUAGGUCGGGCGUUCUUGGCUGGGGCAGCAGCGAUCGUAGUGGGCUACCAUGGGCUCAGCUGCGCCCUUCAGGCUGUCUACUACCUGCGAAGAAGAUGUUCGCCGCAAGAAUGGAAGAUCCAACCCCAACGCUUCGUCCGUCUCCAGUCUCCAGCGUGCUGGUCCCCGUUUUUAGGACGGUGGUUCGGAAGGAGAGAGGGAAAGGAGGAGUACCACGACUUUGUUUGCGCGAUGAACGUGAUCACAGCCGGGUGUUCUGCAGGGUUUGUUGUGCGCAGCAUUGUGCGCGGGAGCACGCGUCUCCUGUUCGAUUGGAAAGCUGCGGGCCGCCUUCCUGGGGUUGUAGGAACCUUUUGCUUGGCGGUGGGAUGGCAGUCAGUUCUAGAGUACUACUGGCACAGGUUGAUGCACCUUCCUUUCUUCUACAAGCACUUCCACAAGAUGCAUCAUAGCUACAAGUCGCCACAGCCGUUCGAUGACAUGUACAUCCACCCUGUUGAAGCCGUCGGCUACUAUUGCAUUCUUUACUCUCCCCCCUUCGUCUUUCCUUUGCAUGUCUACGGUUUUGUGCUCUACAUGGCCAUCAUGGGGGUCUGUGGAAUCUUGGACCAUAGUGGAAUCAAGUGGGGUUUCCUUGGGAUUUACAACACUGAAGAUCAUGACAAGCAUCACGAGCAUUUUGAUUGUAACUUUGCGUUUCCUUUCGUGUGGAUGGAUAUUCUUCAUGGAACCUUUGCGGGUGAUCAUAUGGGAAUUCAUUACCCCUUGUCUUCGGCGAAGCUCGGUAUGAAGUGA